CUGACCAAAGGCGGAAGUGCGCGGAGCAGCGGGGAUUCCCCGAGGGAAGUUCCCAACUCCGCAAAGUGGGCUAUGUAAAACACACACUUACUUCUCUACUUCCAUACUUCUCUACUUCCAUUCUCACUAGCUCACUAUUUCCCAAUGUCGGGCUGCUGUGUUGGAGCAUGUUGGACUUUUACACCCACCCUAACUAAGGGCUCAUGUCUGCUCGGUCAGUGAUGAUUGUGGAGCACACGGCAUGGAGAGGAACAUGGCAGACCAACUCAACAAAGCUUUCGAAGCUUAUCGCCAGGUCUCCAUUGAAAAAGAUCACGCCAAGAAGGAGCUGAAACAAAUUACGGAGCAUUAUCAGCGAUACACUGAAAAGCUCCUGAAGCAGGUAGAAGACCAGCAGCAGCUGAUAUCCCAACUUAAAGCCCAGUUGUCAGCAUCGAUGCAACCAUCAGGAGAGACCAAAUGUGAGGCAUGCAUCCGUCUGGUUGAUGGGCCCAGCGCACAUGGCAAAAUCCAGCAUCCGGACAAUACGGGCACUGUUGCUGUCACUCCUAUAAUGACUGUCAGUAGCAGUGUUGACUAUCAGGACAUGCUGGAUGCACUGGAAGCCAUUCAAGGGACCUUCCGGCAGAUUCGAUGUCUAUCUCGAAGGCAAAAAGAUCAGCUGAAGAGAUUCCGUGGGGGAAGUGAAACAGCCAACGAUCAGCAGUUCUCCAUGCCCAUCCAGUGCACAGACGGCACAGCAGAAGACGAAGAAACAGCCAUUUCCUCGGCGUUACGGUCAGAGGGGGAUAAUCUGCUGCCUCCCACAUCUCUGGCGUCACGUGGCGUCAGCCCGGACGACAGGGACUUUGUAGACUCUCUCACCAAGCUCAGUGUCAAAUACCCGCCCCCUGACAGCGAAUACGAUUUCCUGAACAGCGCCCCGGAGAGGCACGCAGGUCUGACCGUGCCCAUGAGACGGCCUCUCUGCGGCGCCCCCACCGUGGCCAACGAGGGGGAGGAAGAGGCCUCGGAACUGCCCGCCGGGCCGUGUUUGACCUACCCCGCGUUCCCCUCCCACACCGCAUCUUCGUCACUGUCCCAGGAGAACAUCCGGGGACCCCAGCAGUCUCUGUGGACGCCCGAGCUGUGCCACGAGUCUGAGUCGGAAGCGGGAGCAGAGACGGCGGCGCCUUGCAUCAGCGUCCCGGAUAAAUGCGCUUUCUGCCACGCCGUGGUUCCUCGGGAGCGAAUGAACGGCCACCUCUACUCCCAUUUCUCUCCUGAGGAUGAAAGCCACCGCUGACGACGCAGAGACUUUCUGUCGGCGUGGCCCGUUUUGGAAAGUACGCGGACUGUACGGGACGCCGCUAUAAGACUUGAAUCCGUAUAUUUCAUAUUGAAGAAUUGAAUACAGCCCCUUGCCUAGUACAUUUACUAUCAUGAGGAAAUAAAGCCAACGUUUACUCCUGGAAGAUGAGGCCUUUUUUUUUUUUUUUACAAGGUGGAGCCAAUCCUUUAUAUUGCUAUAUUUUCACCCCCGUAUGGGCAUUAUCGGCAACACAGUUCAUUGAUGAAAACGUGAAAUGUGGAACAUGUUUGUAUCCUCAUGCUGAGAAAGCAUCGCUAGGUUAGCCAGGGUCCCUGAAGCACCUUUCCAGGAAGUCAUAGCAGAAUGAAGACUGCAUCACUUUUUUUUUUUGCUUUUGGCAGCCAUUUUCAUUUAUUCAUUCAUUCAUUCAUUUUCUACCGCUUUUUCCUCACAAGGGUCGCGGGGGUGCUGGAGCCUAUCCCAGCUGUCUUUGGGCGAGAGGCGGGGUACACCCUGGACUGGUCGCCAGCCAAUGGCAGCCAUUUUAUUUUGGAUAAAAAUGCUUCUGUUCAAACUACUUCAGUCAUCAAAAGUAAAUCCAUUUGAGUCUGCUUAAAACGAUGGAUUGGAAAUCGGAUAAGGUGAAAAAUAAAAGUCCAGCUCCUGUCCAGGUGAAUACUAGUG